UCUUUAUCUCUUUCUGUCUUAAAAAGGGCGAGGCCCUUCUCGUAUUGUGUGUUGUGGGGAUCUUUUUCUUUUUUGGGUUUCUCUUUUUGUUGUAAAAGAGGAAGAUAUAGAGAGUCAAAAGGACGAAAACAAGGUAAAGAAGAAUACUGAAAAAGAAUAACAAGUUCAAGCUAUGGCUUUUCUUUGUCAGGUUGUGAUUCAGGAGGGUUGAGUUUGAGUUUUCUUGGCUGAACAGAUGGUCAAUACAACUAUUCAUGGAUAGAUACUCGGGUAAAAGAAGUGCUGCCGGGAUUAUGGCUCCACGAAAAGGAUAUAAUGUUACUUUUAAAGAUACAACCACUGACCGGGAUCAGAAUGAAUUUUGCAACCGAAUCGGGUGCAGUGGAAGAAUUAAGUACAACAGUCAGAAUGUUAAAAUUGGGAGCCCUGACAAAGGUAAAUGCUCUAGGCAUUCUUUUUGUGCUUCAAAUGGGAAUGAAAUGAUAGGGAAUUCCUCUAGGAGCCGUUCUGUGAGGACCAGAGCAAAAGGUUCAUAUCUUGAUCCAAGUAGAAAGUUGUCUUCCCAAUUGGAAUUUGAUCAAUCAGAAAGUAGUCAAUCAGGUGAUUCCGAAGUUCCAGAACUUGUGUCUUCACCUGGUAGGAGUCCGACUAGACAUCAUUCGGAAUCAAUGAACAACCCUCGAGAGGUUAAUAUGGCAGAAAUUGGGAGUUCUAGUUUACCAUCAAGCACCAGAUCCCGAGAAAAGUUACAGCAUAAGUCAGGCCCGAAUUCUCAGCCAGGUUCCGCUGUUCCUUCCAUUUCUCAAAACUCUGGCCUUGGGACACUUAACAGUAGUAAUAGGAGUAGGUAUGGUCUGAGGAAUAUGAAAUGCAAUUCAAUAUCAGACGUUGUAUCAGCAAGUUGUUCAUCAUCAGAAUCAAAGUCUGCUGGGAAAAAUGUAAUGAAGAAGAGAAGCCAGGAAGGCGAGAGCAGUUUGUCUCGUAGAAGGCAAACGAAUUCAGCAGCAUCAAUUGAUGGAAAUGUCUUUGCUUCAACUAGUGGUAUUUCCAUCUCCGGCUCCAGACAUAAUAGUUUCACCCCUGGAGAGGAUACCACUCCUGCUACUUCUGUCAGGACAAGAAGAUCAACAAACAUAAACAAUAGCAGGAUGAGGCUUUCUUACCGACCAAAUGGAAGAAACAGUUUAUCUGUCAGGGAACCUGCUUUUGGCGUUUCUCAGUUUCCUGAUUCUGAAAUACCCAUUAAUAUUGGUGGGCCAAGAUCAUCACAGCUGUUUACUGCAAAUGGCUCAUCAAGUGGUUCGAGUUCUUAUAGUCUUUCCAGCCGUAAUGAUGAUGAUAAUCAAUCCACUAUAAUGCCUUUUACUUCAGCUGAACUUGGCUUUUCCCAUUUAAUGAACCGUGAUUCAUUGCCACGAUAUAACAUGGAUGGAAUUGCUGAGGUAUUAUUAGCACUUGAGAGGAUUGAGCAGGAUGAAGAGCUCACACAUGAGCAAUUUCUUGCCUUGGAGACGAGCUUAUUUCUUGGUGGCCUCAACCUGCAUGACCAACACCGAGACAUGAGACUGGAUAUUGAUAACAUGUCGUAUGAGGAAUUAUUAGCGCUGGAGGAGAGGAUGGGUACAGUGAGCACAGCACUCUCGGAAGAGGCACUUUCUAAAUGUGUUAGGAGAAGCAUGUAUCAGACGACCCCAUCAGAAGUAAGAGUCGCGGGAUUGGGUAAAGAUGGAGAUGACAUCAAAUGCAGUAUUUGUCAGGAGGAGUAUGAACUGGGGGAUGAGAUUGGCAAGUUGGUCGGAUGCCAGCAUGGGUAUCACCUCACAUGCAUAAACCAGUGGUUACGGCUCAAGAAUUGGUGCCCCAUCUGCAAGGCUGCUGCAUCGUCAUCGUGAAAAAAUUUCCUGUGUACAAAAUUGUAUUUCUUGAAACUUCUUUCUUCUUCUUUAUAAAAUUGUCAGUUUGUAAAUAUUUCAGUGACGGUCGUCAGCACAUUGAAGCUCUUAGGCAUGCUGGUGAGAACUGUACGAUGUGUUCCUGGCUGCCUUUAUGCAAAAGCAACUCUUCAAUAAUAUCUUCUUUGUCUUAUGUUUGGACA